AUUGGUAAUUAACAUCUAAUACGGCUAUAAAUAUAGAUCCUCAGCUCUAGUUCCAAACUUCAAGAAAACAAUCUUGUUUGUUUCAGAUUUGUGUAAACAAGUAAAGCAAAACCCUCUGAAAUAAACAACUGCCACAUGUCUACUAACGUGUCCUUUGUGUCCUGUCUUGCCACCGUGAAACAAAACCCUCUGAAACGUAAACGCGACGACGAGAUCAAUGAUGAGAAACUCAUACUCAUGAUGGCUAUGCACAAAGAAGAAGAGCAUACCGAGCCGUCUCCACCAUCUUGGGAGCUUCUCUGUCUUGUUGGGCCUUACAUGGAGCCUGAAACUCUAGCCGUAGCCUCUUGCGUCUCCACCACGUGGUCAAAGUGCUUCUCCUCGGAACAUCUAUGGAAGUCUCUACUAGUCACACGUCAUUCUCCUUUCUUCAAAGCCGUCACCAAGGAUUAAAGUAAGCCGGCCUGGCUAUCGUACAAGCGCCUAACAUCCGCAGCUGAAUCUGCCUCAAAACGCCGCCGCAACAUUAAGAUCUCUCUCUCAGAUCUUGUAUUCAUUGUACACGUGUCAGCUUGAUCAAUGGAAGCAGUAGUUGUGAAGCAGGGGAAGGAUCUUGUGUUCGGAUCGAACGAGCGGUUCCAAAUCGAAGCUGACGUUAGCGACUCGGGAUUCACCGCUGAUAUGAAGGACGUGCGCAUGUCGUGGAGCGUCGCAUUAAGGAACUACGAAAGAAUCUUCCAAAUAUCGGAUGCUGUCGUGAAGACACUAGAUACUAAGAUUGGAUGGUUCACCGAUGAACUUCCGGCGACAACAAACCGCUAAAGCGACAGCAGCAAGCUAGUGGGCGACGUGAAGCCAAGUUUUAAAGAAGAGGUUCUUGAUAAAGUCGUCUUCGCAAUGGCAGAUUCAUACAACUGGAAAUCUCUGUUUGUUGACGAUGUCUUGAGAUAUCUCCAAUGUUUUCUUGUCGACUAAAAAAGUUAUCGAGUGUGAGAAUUGUUGAGCAAGUAACCUAGAAGUUUCCAGUA